AUGAGGAUAGUUUUGCUAUUAGUCGCUCUUGUGGCGGUUUCAAUUUCUGAUUUACCGUCAUGCGAACGGGCACGUUGCGAUCAUUGUAAUGUCGAGUUUAUUGCAAGGAUGUGUGAAAAAACAUGCUCAACUUGCCCGCGCUCUAGUAACAGGGUGAAAUUGUACAGUGAACAGAGCAGAUCGCCAUUGCCCACUACGAUUACCUAUGUUGCAAACCAGCAAAACCUGCACAAAAACGUAGUCAGGCAAGCGGGUGUAUCGACACAACUGCAACAACCGGUUCUCACGUACAACACAGCUCUUACCCAAGCGCCCCGACCUCUGCAACUGGCUGCACCACAGACUCAAGUAGCACCGAUACAGUACCCUGCUCCAACCGGUAUCUCCACUCUUGCACCUCUGAUUCCUCCACCACGGCCCACCGAUAUCAAUAGAAAUCUCGCCCAACAACCAGCAGAUUUGGCUCAACCACUUCCAGAGUAUCAGCAAGGCGCUCUUCCAUACAAUCAACCGCAAACAACGCAAUUACAACUAGCACCUCAACAACAGCAACAGCUCUUCCCAGGUGCCGCCAACAGUGUCCAACAGUCUGGGAUGACUGACAUAUUUGGAAGGCCCCUGUUCCCGUCACAAUCACCUCAGUCCAGUCCCUUCUUCAAUCCUUUCCAGCCUUUCAUGCCACAGGUACCUUUACAAGCAACUAGGUAAAA